ACUGCCCAUCCGCCCGCUUUCCCGACGCCGCAGACACGACACGACACACACAACACGACAACAAACAAAAAUGGCGUCGAGUAUUGAGCAGUCGCCCUUCUUCCAGCAGCAGAAGGCCAAGGGCGAAAUCGUCGUCAAGGACCCUCCCAAGUUCGACCUGGAGUCGUAUAUCGCUAACUACACUGGCUACACGCGAAUCGAUCGCCUCCAUCACAUUGGUGCCCACUCUCCGUACCUCGCUGUCGAUGCAUAUCGCCUAGCUAUUGCCGAAACAAAAAAAGGUAAGAACGUCGCGCUGUAUACAAGAUUAGUCGAAGAUUUCAGCAGCAUUGCUCCAAAUGACUCUGCUGCUUUGGUGGACACAACUUGGGCAGAGAAGAAGACACGGGAAGUCCGUGAGGAGCAUGACAGGCUGGAGCACGAGUUGAAGUCGUAUAAGAACAACCUGAUCAAGGAAAGCAUACGGAUGGGCAAUGAGGACCUCGGCCACUUCUACUAUGACAUUGGCGACUUCUCCAAUGCACAGAAGGCAUACAUGAAGAUGCGCGAGCAUUGCACCUCACCGAAACAUCUCGCCGAUAUGACUCUCCGCCUCGUAUUCGUCAGCAUUGCACAAAAGUCAUGGACAAAUGUACUAGCAAAUCUAGCAAAGUCAGAGGCCACUCAGGUCAAGGGUGAGGAGAAGGCCAAAUUAGAACCCAUCAUAUCUGCAUGCAGCGGCCUAUGCCACAUGGCAACGGGCAACUUUAGGGAGGCCGCAACGGCCUUUCUCAGCACUUCGGCAGCGUACCUGACUGCUGAGCCCGCAGCAUACAUCAAGUGGCAGAAGGAGGUUAUUUCACCAAACGACGUGGCAGUCUACGGUGGUCUCUGCGCUCUGGCAUACAUGGAUCGCAGCGACCUGCAAAGCAAAGUUCUUGCAAACACUGAAUUCCGCAACUUCCUGGAACUCGAACCGCACAUCCGCCGCGCCAUCAACCUCUUCUGCAACUCCAAGUACAGCGCCUGUCUCGAAGUGCUCGAAGGCUACCGGAACGACUAUCUCCUCGAUGUGUACCUUUCUAAGAUUUUGAAUACAAUUUACAGCCGCAUCCGGAACAAGAGCAUUGUGCAAUACUUCAUUCCUUUCAGCUGUGUCACGCUCGACGAAAUGACUUCGAAAUUCCCCGCAGCUGAAGGCAGAACCAUUGAGGAAGAUUUGGAAGAAAUGAUCAAGAACCGCCAGCUGGAUGCACGGAUAGAUCUUGUCGACCGCUUGCUCAUCUGCCCACCAAGAGACCCUCGCCAUGAAGUGCAAGAAGAGGCGCUCAAAAUGGCAGAAUCGUACGACCAUACCCUUCGCCUGCGAUUGACACGCCUGAACAUGUUGGCAGCCGGAUUGGAAGUUCAGCCAAACAAGACAAACGACAAGUCGGCUGCUAUGGGCAGUGGUAUUGGCGACACGUUCCGGGGUCUGGGUUCCAAGAUUGGCUUCUAGGAAGAGUCAGAAACCAAGAAAGAUGACAAAGUGGUGGAAGAUGGAGAGACUAGUGCGAAUAAGGCCAUGCCAAAGGGGAUCAUGACAAAGUUCACCCAGAGGCUUAAGCGUAUGAAUAGUCAUUAGCAUUGCACGGCGUUAUUUUGGAGGGGGGGGGGUUCAUUUUUACCAGAGGGUAAUACAGCAUGCAUUUACGUUAGCGAAGCCCAGGCAUAUUCAAGCGGCAUUCUGGCGUUGAGAGGGAUGGAUGAUAGGAUAAUAAGGUACUUAUUUCAAUCUGGUACGGCUUGAAGGAUUAUAAUCAUUGCUGUCCAGAAUGAAGUGAGAGAAGUUUCACCGCUUAUUUCUUAUCAAACACACAAAUGACUAAUCGAGAACUACAACUCAUUCUCCUUGACAUGUAUUAGGACCCGACUCAUUUUACCACAUAUUCAUCCCACACAACCAAAUCAAAUAUCACUUUUAAACACCAAGACA